AGCUUCCGGAAACACCACAAGUGAAAUAGAGAGUCUCCUAGACUUCUCCUCGAGAAGACUCCAGCCUGCCGGAGAUGGCUCAGCACCACCUGUGGAUCUGGUUCCUUUGCCUGCAAACCUGGUCUGAAGCAGCAGGAAGAGGAGCAGAUUCGUUCGUGGUGUAUGGGAUUCUUGGGGAGUCGGUUACUUUCCCCUUAAACAUUCAAGAGCCACAGAAAGUUAGGAACAUUGCCUGGACUUGUGAUUCAUCCGUUGCUUUUGUAAAACCUGGACUCCAAGGAGGACCACCUGAAGUUACUGUGACCCGGGCCGUUUAUGAAGGACGACUAGAUGUCAUAGCUCAGAACUAUGACCUAGUCAUUAGAAACCUGAGGAAGGAGGAUGCGGGAGCUUACAGAGCAGACAUAAAUGAAGAGAACACCCCCACCACCACCACGAAGUACUACCACCUCCAUAUCUACCCUCGGCUUGGAAAACCAAACAUUACACAGAGUUUAAAAACAUCUGCAAACAAUUUUUGUAAUGUCACACUGACAUGCUCUGUGGAGAAAGAAGAAAAGAAUGUGACAUACAGUUGGAGUCCCUCGGGAGAGAAAAGCAAUGUCCUUCAAAUCUUCGAGUCCCCCAAGGAUCAAAACUUGACUUACACAUGUACAGCCCAGAACCCUGUCAGCAACAGCUCCAACUCUGUCACUGCCCAGCAACUCUGCACAGAUAUUCCAAGCUUCCACCUUCGACGUACUGUGUUGAUAAGUAGACUGGUUGGUCCUCCUCUGCUUGUUCUCAUUCCAUUUUCAGUGCUUCUGUUUGACUUGUACAAGAGAAGGCGAAACAGGAUUGACUUGGAAGGUAAAAUAGCCUUUAUCCAGUAACUGAUGGAAGCAGAUGCAGAGAACCAGAGCCAAGCACCAAG